GAGCCUAUAGUGUCCCCUUGCAAGCAACCCGUUGACAGCGCUCGCGCACAAGGAUUUAGGAUUUAGUAUACGAGUCCCUAACAAGUCGCACACGAGCUGCACCGUGUUUUCUCUGACCUUUCACGCGCCGACUCCAAAUUGCGAAGUUAAACUUCACCGGACGGCAUAAUUUCCGAAGGUCAAGUCCCCGUUUCUCCUGGUUCAUCCAUUCUUUUUCCCUUUCCAGAUUUUCAAUAGAACAAGUAUUGAAUGACCCAAGACUCAAGUUUAUCCCUUCUCUCUUAGUAUCAUCGCAAGGUCAUGGCUUACUACAGAAGAGCCAAGCUCGCGUUUGAUGCUCUGCGCAGCAAUUUCCGCCCAAGGAUUGUACCCAAAUCCCCAAUUGCAGAUUGCUCCUCAAGUGUUUCCCGGCGUUGUGGGUCUUCGAUUUCAGCUGGAAAUGGAGCUAAUUUUUCUGGGUUUUCUCUAUAUUUUUCGCUUUCUCAAAAAUGGGGCUUGCCCGUUGGCGCCAAUAGAUAUCAGUACAAUCCGUUUUUAAAUGGGGCAAGGCGAUUUUACUAUGAGGAUCGGCAUCGUGUUCAACAUUUCAGGCCGCGGGGGCCAAGAGGGUGGUUUGAGAAUCCAAGGAAUGUUUUGAUUCUUGUGUUGGUUGGUUCAGGGGCUUUUGUUACUAUAUAUUUUGGUAAUUUAGAGACCAUUCCCUAUACAAAAAGAACACAUUUUGUGCUUUUGUCGAGAGCUAUGGAGAGAAGGAUGGGAGAGCAUCAAUUUGAGCAAAUGAAAGCCUCUUUCAAGGGAAAAGUAUUGCCUGCAAUACACCCGGAAAGUGUUAGGGUGAGAUUAAUAUCAAAAGAAAUCAUUGGGGCAUUGCAAAGAGGAUUGAGGCAUGAGCAGCUCUGGAGUGAUUUGGAGUAUGCCUCGUCCGAGAGUGCAGCUGGGGAUCAGAGUGGACAUGAAACAAUUUUAGCACUUAGUGAGGGUGGAGAGGGGAAAGUAGAGACAGAAUGGCACCACGAAGAUGAGAUUCUUGAUGAUAAGUGGGUUCAGCAAAGUAGGAAGAAGGGUCAAGAAAGAGGGUCCCAAGCAAAUACUUCUCAUUUAGAUGGAUUGAAUUGGGAGGUUUUGGUGGUGGAUGAGCCUGUUGUUAAUGCUUUCUGCUUGCCUGGUGGCAAGAUUGUUGUUUUUACAGGGUUACUCAAGCAUUUUAGAAGUGAUGAUGAGAUAGCCACCAUAAUUGGGCAUGAGGUUGGGCAUGCUGUGGCUCGACAUGCAGCAGAAGGGAUUACAAAGAAUCUGUGGUUUGCCAUCCUCCAACUGAUACUUUAUCAAUUUAUCACUCCUGAUAUUGCCAACGCCAUGUCAACUCUUCUUUUGAGGCUUCCUUUCUCAAGAAAGAUGGAAAUGGAAGCUGAUUACAUUGGACUGUUAUUGAUUGCUUCUGCUGGCUUUAAUCCAAGAGUUGCACCAACUGUGUAUGAGAAGUUAGGAAAGAUCUCCGGUGAUUCAACGCUUAGAGAUUACCUUUCGACCCAUCCAUCUGGAAAGAAACGAGCUCAAGUGCUUGCUCAAGCCAAGGUAAUGGAAGAAGCACUCAUGAUCUACAGAGAGGUAAGAACAGGUCGAGGGGUUGAAGGCUUUCUUUAAGGCUUCCGAAACAACUCUCCAUCCACGCUUCAAAACGGGAGCUGCCUGUUAAGUUUAAUAGCUCUUAUGUUUAUUACAAAAUUUCCCUUAUUUUAUACAUCAUGUUUCCAACAUGGAAUUUUUCACAUUUGAAGUUUUUGCCCCCCAAUAUGAUUUUUCUGUAAUUUCCCGUUUCAUGAAAUUGAAAAUCUCUGUUUUUAUAUUUCUCUUUAUCCCAGGCCCGCCGGGCAUUUUAUU